AGUGGUUAAAAAUGCAGUCAUAUCUUCAUAAUUGCUUGGCUAUUGAGUCUUUUGUUGGCCUAAAUUAUUCUAAUUAUAUCAUUUUUCUGAUUUGCUAGGUCUGAUACUUGGAUGAAGGAAUUGGACAAUUAAAGGCCCAUUGCUGCACUUGGACUUGGAGGUGGAUACGUUGACUUGUGUGGUCAAUUACUAAUAUGUAUAAUUAAUUUUUGGAGAAGAGAUAAGCCUCUCACGUGACCAGCUUCCUAUCCUCUUCUCUACUCAUUUGAAGACACUCCUUUGCUUUGCAAAACGCAGCUCAAGCUUUUCUGACAUUCAGAUUCAAUUGCCUUCUAAUUAAGGGGAUUGAAGGGGUACCUAGCAAUUAAGAAGAGCCCAGUUUUUACAAGCUCCUUGAAGUCAGUAGAAAGAAGAGUUCAAUUACAAUUGAAUGUCUUCAUGAAUUGGGGGAUUUUGGCCUACAUGAAAUCAGGAAGUUCAAUCAAAAGAAGACGUCUUCAGGCAUUAGAUGUCAACGAAUGGCUGGGCAAUGAACAACAUAAAAGAAAGUUUAUUUAUCAUUCUGUGUUUUUCUCACUGCUCUCGGCGGAAACGACACUCGUACUUCUGAGUCUAUACUACUACACGAUUCCUGCACUUGGGAUUAGCAAGCAAUUUUUGGCGCCGGUCGCCGGGGAGCGUUUGACGAAGCACACAGAAUAUUUCGACAUUUGGUACAUUCGUUCCAUUUUCUUUUUAAUUUUGUUAGUGUUAGUUAGUUUAGUUUGUUUUCAUUCUUAUGCGUUAUAGAGAUCAGUUAGGUAGAUUUUCUAAAAAGCCUGAGUGUGAAACUUUGUUUGGCAAUUUGUUUGAGUCUUCGAGUUCGUCUGCAUCAUCUGUAAACAUGGUAGACGACGACAAUAAUAAUGUAAACAAUGACCAAAACAAUGUUUUGAAUAAUGUGCUCAACAAUAAUCUUCUUCCCCCACCUCCUCCACCUAGGACUUUGCAGACUUACUUGCAUCCUGCACGUAAUGCUCAGCCUUCUUGCAUCAUGUUACCACCUAACAUGCCCAACAUUGAUUUUAGACCUGGCAUUGUUCAACUCCUUCCUGCAUUUCAUGGUUUGGAAAAUGAAAAUCCAUAUGUGCAUGUUAGGGCAUUCGAGGAAGCAGUUACUGCAUUUUAUGAUCAAGUUGCAGCCAUUGAUUUUGUCAAACUAAAAUUCUUUCCAUUUUCUUUGCGGGACAAGGCAAAAGCUUGGCUGUAUUCUUUGGGGGCUAGAUCUAUAGGUUCUUGGGCUGAAAUGACUGAAGCAUUUUUCAAUGAGUAUUUUCCUAAUCAUAAGACAAUGGCUUUAAAGAGAAAGAUCGCUAAUUUUGCUCAAAAUGAAAAUGAGUCAUUGUAUCAAACUUGGAAAAGAUUUAAGGAACUCUUGAGCUUAUGCCCACAUCAUGGUUUUGAAACUUGGCGGUUGGCCAGUUGCUUUUAUGAGGGACUUCUCCCUCGUGACCGUCAGUUUAUUGAGUCUAUGUGCAAUGGAAAUUUCCUGAAAAAAGAUCCUGAUGAAGACAUAGAAUUUUUAGAUGAGAUUGCUAAGAAGGCUCACCAAUGGAGUGACUCUUCUAUUUUUGAGAGCACAGAUCGCUCUAAGCCCUCCACACCUUCUGUGAGUAAGGGAAUUUUUCAAUUAAAAGAAGAAGACCACUGGAAGAUGAAGUAUGAGACCUUACUUGCUGGUUUGAAUAAAUCUCACGCGCCUCAAACGGUUAAUUGUAAUCAAGUUUGUGAUUAUUGUUAUGAGAUUGGUCAUUUUGGUCAAAAUUGUCCUUCUUUGCAGGUGAUGAAUGAGCCACAAGUCGCUGCAUUAGGAAAUUUUCAGCGACAAUAUUCGCCUUAUUCGGAGACUUACAACCCAGCUACAAAGAAUCAUCCCAACUUUCGUUGGAGGAAUGAGUCUCACCCCCAGGUAAGUGUCCCUAACCCUCAAUUUUCAGCACCUAAUACAUUUAAUUCUAAGCCAUCUCUGGGAGACACUCUUCAGACAUUCAUGCAAGAGCAGCAAAAACAAAGUCAAAGGUAUGAUGCAAUGUUCACUAAAUAUGAUUCUAUGUUUGGUCAGUUAGUUGAAGAGAAUAAGGAAAUUAAGAAUCAGAUUUCUAAAUUAACCAAUUCUCUUGCUUUUAAUGAAAAAGGGAGGUUUCCUUCUAAUACUGAGCCAAAUCCCAAACGUGUCAAUUUAGUUGAAAUAGUUGAGCAUGCUGAUUCUAUUACUCUUAGGAAUGGAAGAACAAUUGAAAAUGCUGCGCCUAUGAAAGAGGUAGAGGAACCCAAGAGUAAAAAUGAAUUUGAUGAGUCUAAAGAGAAUGAAAUUGUUGAAAAUCAUUCUAUGCCUGCACCGUUUCCCAAAGCUUUACUUCCUCUAAAGAAAGUGAAUCAAAAUUCUGAAAUUUUUGAUCUUUUUAGGCAAGUAAAAAUAAACAUUCCCUUGUUAGAUGCAAUUAAGCAAGUGCCUUCCUAUGCAAAAUUUUUGAAAGACUUGUGCACUGUGAAAAGGAAGCAUAAUGUGAAGAAAACUGCAUUUUUAGCUGCUCAUGUUAGUUCAGUACUUCAAAGUAAAAUUCCUCCAAAAUACAAAGAUCCCGGUAGUCCUACUCUUUCUUGUGUCAUUGGAGAACAUUUUAUUGAUCGUGCUUUACUUGAUUUGGGUGCUAGUGUAAACUUACUUCCUUAUUCAGUGUACCUGCAGCUAGGUCUUGGUGAGCUUAAGCCUACAAAGCUUAAAUUGCAGCUGGCUGAUCGUUCUGUAAAAAUUCCAAGGGGAAUGAUUGAGGAUGUGUUGGUCCAAGUGGACAAAUUUUAUUAUCCUGUUGAUUUCUUUGUUUUGGAUACGGAACCUGUUUUACACUCUGAGAAUCAGAUUCCUGUUAUUUUAGGACGUCCAUUCUUAGCUACAUGUGAUGCUAACAUUAGUUGCAGGAGUGGAGUGAUGAAAUUGAGUUUUGGGAAUAUGACAAUGGAAGUUAAUAUUUUUAAUGUGUUUAGGCAGCCAUAUGGAGAUGAGGAAUGUGAAUUUGUUGAUUUUAUUGGAACUCUAAUGCAUGAACAAUUUGUGAAGAGCAGCGUUGUAGAUGUGUUAGAAAAUUUCCUCAUGAACUCACAUGAUUCUAAUGCUGCUGAAAUUGCUGAAAUUGCUGAAAUAAGUUCAUAUUUUGAUUCUUUUCAGGUCCAAGGAGUGAAUGGAUGGACACCUAAAUUUGAGAAGCUUCCACCGCGAGUUGAGAGCAAACCAUCAAGUGUACAGGUGCCAAAACUGGAGCUGAAACCUUUGCCAACAGGCUUAAAACAUGCAUUCUUGGGUCCAAACGACACUUUUCCUGUGGUAAUAUCCUCUUUACUUACUAUUGAACAAGAAGGUAUGUUGUUAAAUGUCUUGAAGGCCCAUAAAGCUGCUAUGGGUUGGUCUAUUGCUGAUAUUAAGGGAAUUAGCCCUCUUGUUUGCACACAUAAGAUUUUUUUAGAAGAGGAUGCUAAACCAUCUAGGGAGCCACAACGUAGACUAAACCCAAACAUGAAAGAAGUUGUUAAAACUGAGGUCUUGAAAUUGUGGGAUGCGGGUAUUAUUUAUCCAAUUUCUGACAGUAAAUGGGUUAGUCCUACACAGGUUGUACCUAAGAAAUCUGGAAUAACAGUGAUCAAGAAUGAUAAAAAUGAAUUGGUUCCUACUAGGGUUGUUUCUAGUUGGCGCAUGUGCAUAGACUAUAGGAAACUUAAUUCCGCAACUAGGAAAGAUCAUUUUCCCUUACCUUUCAUUGAUCAAAUUUUAGAAAGGGUUGCAGGCCAUGAGUUUUAUUGUUUUCUAGAUGGUUACUCAGGUUAUUAUCAAAUUGAAAUUGCCAUUGAAGAUCAAGAAAAAACUACUUUUACAUGUCCAUUUGGUACGUUUGCUUUUCGUAGAAUGCCAUUUGGUUUGUGUAAUGCCCCUGCCACAUUUCAAAGAUGCAUGAUUAGUAUUUUCAGCGAUAUGGUAGAGCAAUUUCUUGAAGUUUUCAUGGAUGACAUAUCUGUUUUUGGUGAUUCAUUUGAUGAAUGUUUGUCUAAUCUAGAACGAGUGUUGAUAAGAUGUGAAGAGAAAAAUCUUGUUCUGAACUGGGAAAAGUGUAAUUUCAUGGUCCCUUCCGGAAUUGUUCUUGGUCACAUUGUUUCUUCUAAAGGAAUUGAAGUAGACAAGUCUAAGAUUGAACUGAUUGCUAAAUUACCUGUUCCAAAGAGCAUAAAAGAUGUUAGAUCCUUUUUAGGACAUGCUGGUUUUUAUAGGAGAUUUAUAAAGGAUUUCAGUGCCAUAUCUAGACCUUUGUGUAAUCUCUUGUCUAAAGACACUCCAUUUGUUUGGACUGAUGCUUGUCAGGUUGCUUUUGAAAGAUUAAUUGCAUUGCUCACUUCUGCUCCUAUUAUGCAAUCACCUGAUUGGAAUUUGCCUUUUGAAAUUAUGUGUGAUGCUAGUGACUUUGCAAUAGGGGCUGUUUUGGGGCAAAGAAAAGAUAAGAAACCAUAUGUCAUUUACUAUGCAAGUAGAACUUUGAAUAGUGCUCAAAUGAAUUACUCGACAACUGAAAAAGAGCUCCUUGCAGUAGUAUUUGCAUUAGAUAAAUUUCGUGCUUACCUUGUUGGAUCGCCUAUUGUUGUUUUUACUGACCACGCAGCUCUAAAAUACCUUCUCACCAAGAAGGAUGCUAAGGCUCGACUUAUUAGGUGGAUCCUCCUACUCCAAGAGUUUGAUAUCACUAUCAAAGAAAAGGGAGUAGAGAAUGUGGUGGCAGACCAUUUAUCCAGAUUGGUUUUUGAUGAAAAUCCUGACUUGCAGCCUAUUAAUGAUUCUUUUCCUGAUGAGCAACUUUUUGUUGUUUCGGAAUUACCUUGGUUUGCUAACAUUGUUAAUUAUCUUGUCACAGGUAAAAUCCCUCCAGAUUGGAAUGCACAAGAUAGGAAAAAGUUCCUGGUGGAGGUACGCAGUUUCUUUUGGGAUGACCCUUAUUUAUUUAAAUAUUGUGCAGACCAAAUUUAUAGGAGAUGUGUACCUGAGAAUGAAAUGCAUGAUGUGAUUUCCUUUUGCCAUAAUGAAGCAUGUGGUGGCCACUUUUCUGUUAAAAAAACAGCUGCUAAAAUUUUGCAAUGUGGAUUUUAUUGGCCAACUCUGUUUAAGGACACCAAUGCAUAUUGUCGAACAUGUGAGCGUUGUCAAAAGUUAGGAGCCAUAACUCGUAGAAAUAUGAUGCCUUUGAAUCCCAUUUUAGUCAUUGAAAUAUUUGAUUGUUGGGGCAUUGAUUUUAUGGGUCCGUUUCCCUCAUCUUUUGGAUAUAUGUAUAUCUUGGUAGGCAUUGAUUAUGUAUCUAAAUGGAUUGAGGCUGUUCCUUGUAGGAAAAAUGACCAUAAAACUGUUUUGAAAUUUUUGAAAGAAAAUAUUUUCUCUCGACAUGGAACACCUAGGGCUAUUAUUAGUGAUGGGGGUAAGCAUUUUUGCAAUAAGCCUCUCGAGGCCUUGAUGAAGAAAUAUGGAGUUACUCAUAAAGUGGCCACCCCUUAUCACCCACAAACAAGUGGCCAGGUUGAACUUGCCAAUAGGGAAAUAAAACAGAUUUUGGAAAAAACAGUGAACCCAAACCGCAAGGAUUGGUCUUUACGACUAAUUGAUGCACUUUGGGCUUACCGUACAGCUUAUAAAACCCCAAUUGGUAUGUCCCCCUAUAGAUUAAUCUAUGGAAAAGCUUGUCACUUACCUGUAGAAUUGGAACACAGAGCCUAUUGGGCGAUCAAGACAUUUAAUUUUGGUCUAAAUGAUGCCAGUUCUCUUAGGAAACUUCAGUUGAAUGAAUUGGAAGAAAUUCGGAAUGAAGCAUAUGAAAAUUCUAGGAUUUACAAGGAACGAAUGAAAGUUUUCCAUGAUAAGAAAAUUUUGAGAAAAACCUUUGAACCUAGUCAAAAAGUUCUUUUGUAUAAUUCUAGAUUGCAUUUGUUUCCUGGUAAGCUUCGCUCUAGAUGGACAGGUCCAUUCGUGGUUAAACGAGUUUUUCCAUUUGGUGCUAUUGAAAUUGAGGACCCAAAGAAUGGUAAUGUGUUUAAAGUCAAUGGGCAGCGUUUGAAACCAUUUUUGGAGAAUAUUGUUCUAGAGGAUGAAACCAUCUCUCUAGAGAAUCCUAUUUAUGCAGAUUGACUUGUUGGACUCUCAGUCCGUCUGUUGUAAAGUGUAGCAUUGUUUUCAGUUUUGUUUAUUUUUCUUUUCUUGUCCGGUCACUAACAAGUUGCAGAGUCUUGCUUGGGAACAUCUCUUCUUUCAGGUGCACUCUUUCCUACUCACUCUUUACUUUUAUUAACUUGUCUGUUAUCUCUUGCUAUUGAUUAUCACAUUGAGGACAAUGUUUAUUUGAAGUUGGGGGGAGCAGCAACUUGUCAGUUGUGUCUUGGUUUAUUUUGAUUACUAUUUAUUUCAAUUUUGGUACUGUUCACCGUCGUCACUGUUCACAUAGUGUCCAAAAAAAAAAAAAAAAAAAAAAAUUGUGUCAUAAUUCCUUUGAGGUUGCUUGCUUCCCAAUACGAUGAUGAGACAUUAGUGAUACUUCCUGUAUGGCAUGGAGAAAUACUUGAGAUUUUGGUGGUUAAUUUGAGAUAUGAGCGUUAGCUUUGCAUGUUGUCCUUUUGCGAGAUAAUCUUCAUGACAUUUGGGGUUGUUUCAGCCACGUUAGUAUUGUUCAAGGUUUUGGAAUUUACAUGGACUGGAAAGUCAUAAAAAUAAGUGGAGACUUAUAACCUAAAGUGAGAUUUGAGCUAUUCUUUUAUUGUUGAGGGUUAUAUAUGAAAUCUUAUUUUAUUUCUGUGCUAAAUACAUUUUCAAUGAUCUCAUUAUUCUUCUAUUUUGAUCAAUCACCGAGAAUUCAUUGCCUUGGAUUAUUGCACUAGAACUUCCUUUAAUGUCUCUCGAAGCGUAAAAGUUGACCACAUGAUGACUGGGAAGGGAUUAAGGCACUUAGGAUUACCUCCAUUGCCAUAUAUGCCUGUGUCCUAUACAAUCAUCCCCUAGAUAACCAUUUUGAGCCUUAAAAUAAGCCUUUUUCAUUCUUAACCAUACUCCCCUACCAUGCUCCAAUAUUGGAGUUAAGCCUCAUAUAUAUACCCAUCCCCAUAUUUUCUGAGAAAUUAUUAGAGAUGGUUUGUAUUCACAGAAAUGUUCUCCUUUGAUUAUUGCUGUACUAUUGUUGGAGAAAUGGUUAGGAGAGUUAAAAAAAAUGAAUGAAGGGAGUGAAAAAAAAAAAAAAAGAGGUGCAGCAGAAAAAAAAGAAAAAAAAAGCUGCUAGUAUAAAAUAUAUAUAUAUUCGAAACAGAAAGAGAAGAUGAGUAAGCACGGUUCGUUGCAGAUUAUUUAGAUGCAGACUCAUAGAAAGCAAGAUUGUCUAGUGUAUAAUUUGAAGGCCUCUAAUAGUUUCUCAGGAAUUCUUUGAAUAUCCUAUCCGUUCUUUGUUUAGCCAUGUCCCUAGCCCCAUUACAACCCUAUAUAAGACCUCUAUGAUCUUGGGCGUUGUGUGGUACAAUUGUGGAGAAUAGAUAGAGAGGGAACUAUGGGGUGUAGUCCGAUAUUCUCAAUGGUGAUUGGUAUCUUUUCAUGAGAUCUAUUUUAUUUUACCAGAAAAAGCUAUUUUUCAUGACUAUAUGUGAGACUCUUUGCAUCCAUGUACAUCAAUUCUUCUCACAUAUGCAUUGAGAGAAACACCUAACCAACUUCUGAGCGAUUUUAUUCUGAGUGAUAUAUCCUAUGUGAGAGUUGAAGUUGAGGCUUGCUUAUGAUGAUUUGGUUUGUGUCGAAAUUGAGAUCUGGAAUGGUACUAAUUGUGGCUGGGCAAUUUUGGGUGUUUAUGAGUUGAGUCUGGCACUUGGACAACGUGUGGAGCUCUUGCUCAGUCUUCUUUUAGUUCUCUGAAAUUAUAAUAUUGGAUGAUUCGAUUCGGUGUUGACAUAUUUUUGUUUGGUAUCUCUGAGUUUAAUGAUGGGAAGUAGUAAUCUCUUGGAAUUGAUGUUUGUGGGUAUCAUCCCUGGAAAACCCUCACGAGACUAUAACUCGUCUGCUAAGGAAUUCUUAGUGGAGUUAAAGGCUUGUUGCAUAUGCUAAAUGCAAUCGUGAUCCCUACGAAAGUGGCUUAGAUAGUUUGGUUUUUAGUAUUCUUUGAGUUGGAGAGUCGUCUUGAGUCGCUGUCAAUUGCUAGAGACUAGCAAUAAGCUAGUUGGGGGGUGUGAUAAGUGGUUAAAAAUGCAGUCAUAUCUUCAUAAUUGCUUGGCUAUUGAGUCUUUUGUUGGCCUAAAUUAUUCUAAUUAUAUCAUUUUUCUGAUUUGCUAGGUCUGAUACUUGGAUGAAGGAAUUGGACAAUUAAAGGCCCAUUGCUGCACUUGGACUUGGAGGUGGAUACGUUGACUUGUGUGGUCAAUUACUAAUAUGUAUAAUUAAUUUUUGGAGAAGAGAUAAGCCUCUCACGUGACCAGCUUCCUAUCCUCUUCUCUACUCAUUUGAAGACACUCCUUUGCUUUGCAAAACGCAGCUCAAGCUUUUCUGACAUUCAGAUUCAAUUGCCUUCUAAUUAAGGGGAUUGAAGGGGUACCUAGCAAUUAAGAAGAGCCCAGUUUUUACAAGCUCCUUGAAGUCAGUAGAAAGAAGAGUUCAAUUACAAUUGAAUGUCUUCAUGAAUUGGGGGAUUUUGGCCUACAUGAAAUCAGGAAGUUCAAUCAAAAGAAGACGUCUUCAGGCAUUAGAUGUCAACGAAUGGCUGGGCAAUGAACAACAUAAAAGAAAGGUUCGGGCAGAUUGGUUUUCUCUUCCUUUCCUUCAACCUCAGUUCAUCUUCUGCGUUGUACUCUUCCAAACUUAUGGAUCUUUUUGCUUUCAUUUUUCUUAUGGAGAACUAAUUUCCUAGCUAAGGCUAGGGGAGAAACUUUGGAUUUCCUAUGUAGUUUUUAUUAAUUCGAUUCAACAAGAACUUCAAUGCAAAUUCAGUUUUUGGA